AUGCCACUGCACCACUGCCCAGAAUGUGGAAAAUCCUUCAAAAGAAAUGGAAAUCUUGAAAGGCAUCUAAAAAUCCACACUGGAGAGAAACUGCAUAAAUGCCUGGAGUGUGGAAGGAGCUUCACUCUGCGAGGAAACCUUUAUAAUCAUCAAAAAAUCCACACUGGAGAGAAACCACAUAAAUGUCUGGAGUGUGGAAAAUGCUUCAAUCUGAGGGGAAACCUUUGUAGACAUCAAAGAAUCCACACAGGAGAAAAACCACAUAAAUGCCUGGAGUGUGGAAAGAGCUUCAGUCAGAGGGGAAACCUUUAUGCACAUCAAAGAAUUCACACUGGAGAGAAACCCUAUAAGUGCCCGGAGUGUGAAAAGAGCUUCACUCAUAGGGACAGCCUUUAUGAUCAUCAAAGAAUUCACACUGGAGAGAAACCGCAUAAAUGCCUGGAGUGUGGAAGGAGCUUCACUCAGAGGGGAAUCCUUUAUAAUCAUCACAAAAUUCACACUGGAGAGAAACCGCAUAAAUGCCUGGAGUGUGGAAGGAGCUUCACUCUGCGGGGAAACCUUUAUAAUCAUCAAAAAAUUCACACUGGAGAGAAACAGCAUAAAUUCCCCGAGUGUAGAAAGAGUUUCAGUCUGAAAAGAACUCUUUAUGUACAUCAAAGGAUCCACACAGGAGAAAAACCAUAUAAAUGCCUGGAGUGUGGAAAGAGCUUCACUCAGAGGGGACACCUUUAUGAUCAUCAAAGAAUUCACACUGGAGAGAAACCCUAUAAGUGCCUGGAGUGUGGAAAGAGCUUCACUCAGAAGGGACACCUUUAUAGACAUCAAAGACUUCACACUGGAGAGAAACCCUAUAAGUGCCCUGACUGUGGAGAGAGCUUUAGUCAGGGGGAAAGCCUUUAUAAACAUGAAAGGAUCCACACAGGAGAAAAACCAUAUAAAUGCCUGGAGUGUGGAAAGAGUUUCAGUCUGAGGGGAAACCUUUAUACACAUCAAAAAAUUCACACUGGAGAGAAACCCCAUAAAUGCCCGGAGUGUGGAAAGAGCUUCACUCAGAGGGGAAACCUUUAUAAGCAUCAAAGAAUUCACACUGGAGAGAAACCCUAUAAGUGCCUGGAGUGUGGAAAGAGUUUCACUCAGAGGGGAAAUCUUGAAAUCCAUCUAAAAAUCCACACUGGAGAGAAACCAUUUAAAUGCCUGGAGUGUGGAAAAAGCUUCACUCAGAGCAGCAGCCUUUAUAAACAUCAAAGGAUCCACUCAGGAGAGAAACAGUAUAAAUGCCUGGAGUGUGGAAAGAGCUUCACUCAGAGCGAAAGCCUUUAUAAACAUCAAAGGAUCCACACAGGAGAGAAACCGCAUAAAUGCCUGGAGUGUGGAAAGUGCUUCAGUCAGAGCGGAAGCCUUUAUGAACAUCAAAGGAUCCACACAGGAGAAAAACCGUAUAAAUGCCUGGAGUGUGGAAAGAGCUUCAAUCACAGGGGACACCUUCAUACACAUCAAAGGAUCCACUCAGGAAAAAAACCAUAUAAAUGCCUGGAGUGUGGAAAGAGCUUCACUCAGAGCAGCAGUCUUCAUAAACAUCAAAGGAUCCACUCAGGAGAGAAACCGUAUAAAUGCCUGGAGUGUGGAAAGAGCUUCAGUCAGAGGGGACACCUUUAUAGACAUCAAAGGAUCCACUCAGGAGAAAAACCACAUAAAUGCCUAGAGUGUGGAAAGAGCUUCACUCAGAGCAGUAGCCUUUACCGACAUCAAAAGAUCCAUUUAGGAAAGAGAGAGCAUAAAUGCCUGGAGUGUGGAAAGAGCUUCACUCAGAGCAGCAGCCUUUAUAUACAUCAAAGGAUCCACUCAGGAGAGAAACCAUUUAAAUGCCUGGAAUGUGGAAAGAGCUUUAUUGUGAGUGGACAGCUCCGCAGACAUCAAAGGAUCCACACUGGAGAAAAACCACAGAAAUGUCUGGAGAGUGGAAAGAGUUUCUGUGAGAAGGGAAGGCUUUCUAAGCAUCAAAGAAUCCAUUCAGGAGAAAAACCAUAUAAAUGCCUUGAGUAGAAAUAUGAAUGCGAAGAAUGUGGAAAAUCCUUCAAAAGAAAUGGAGAUCUUAAAAUGCAUCUAAGAAUCCACACUGGAGAGAAACCUUAUGGAUGCCUGGAGUGUGGAAAGAGAUUCAAUCAAAGGAGCAGCCUUUAUAGACAUCAAACGAUCCACACAGGAGAAAAACCGCAUAAAUGCCUGGAGUGUGGAAAGAGAUUCAGUCUGAGGGGAAACCUUUAUAAACAUCAAAGGAUCCACUCAGGAGAGAAACCAUUUAAAUGUCUGGAAUGUGGAAAGAGCUUCAGUCGGAGGGGAAACCUUUAUAAACAUCAAAGGAUCCACUCAGGAGAGAAACCAUUUAAAUGUCUGGAAUGUGGAAAGAGCUUCCGUCUGAGGGGAAACCUUUGUAAACAUGAAAGGAUCCACUCAGGAGAGAAACCAUUUAAAUGCCUGGAAUGUGGAAAGAGCUUCCGUCUGAGUGCACACCUUUAUACACAUCAAAGGAUCCACACAGGAGAGAAACCAUUUAAAUGCCUGGAGUGUGGAAAGAGCUUCAGUCAGAGCAGCAGCCUUUAUAUACAUCAAAGGAUCCACUCAGGAGAGAAACCAUUUAAAUGCCUGGAAUGUGGAAAGUGCUUUACUGUGAGUGGAGAGCUCCGCAGACAUCAAAGGAUCCACACUGGAGAAAAACCACAUAAAUGCCUGGAGUGUGGAAAGAGCUUCACUCAGAGCAGCAGCCUUUAUAUACAUCAAAGGAUCCACUCAGGAGAGAAACCAUUUAAAUGCCUGGAAUGUGGAAAGAGCUUCAGUCUGAGGGCACACCUUUAUACCCAUCAAUGGAUCCACACAGGAGAGAAACCAUUUAAAUGCCUGGAGUGUGGAAAGAGCUUCACUCAGAGGAGCAGCCUUUAUAUGCAUCAAAGGAUCCACUCAGGAGAGAAACCAUUUAAAUGUCUGGAAUGUGGAAAGAGCUUCAGUCUGAGGGGAGACCUUUAUAAACAUGAAAGGAUCCACUCAGGAGAGAAACCAUUUAAAUGCCUGGAGUGUGGAAAGAGCUUCAAUGUAAGGGGAAGCCUUUAUACACAUCAAAGGAUCCACACUGGAGAAAAACCACAUAAAUGCCUGGAGUGUGGAAAGAGCUUCAGUCAGAGCAGCAGCCUUUAUCAACAUCAAAGGAUCCACUCAGGAGAGAAACCAUUUAAAUGCCUGGAAUGUGGAAAGUGCUUUACUGUGAGUGGACAGCUCCGCAGACAUCAAAGGAUCCACACUGGAGAAAAACCACAUAAAUGCUUGGAGUGUGGAAAGAGCUUCACUCAGAGCAGCAGCCUUUAUAUACAUCAAAGGAUCCACUCAGGAGAGAAACCAUUUAAAUGUCUGGAAUGUGGAAAGAGCUUCAGCCAGAGGGGAUACCUUUAUAGACAUCAAAGGAUCCACACUGGAGAAAAACCACAUAAAUGCCUGGAGUGUGGAAAGAGCUUCACUCAGAGGAGCAAUCUUGUAAACCAUCAAAGGAUCCACUCAGGAGAGAAACCGUAUAAAUGCCUGGAGUGUGGAAAGAGCUUCAGUCAGAGCAGCAGCCUUUAUUUACAUCAAAGGAUCCACUCAGGAGAAAAACCAUAUAAAUGCUUUGAGUGUGGAAAGAGCUUCACUCAGAGGGGAAGCCUUUAUACCCAUCAAAGGAUCCACUCAGGAGAGAAACCGUAUAAAUGCCUGGAGUGUGGAAAGAGUUUCAGUCGGAGCAGCAACCUUUAUACACAUCAAAGAAUCCACUCAGGAGAAAAGCCACAUAAAUGCCUGGAGUGUGGAAAGAGUUUCAGUCAGAGGGGACACCUUUAUAUACAUCAAAGGAUUCACACAGGAGAAAGACCCGGGAAUCCCCAGAGAAUCCAGGAGGGAGAAAAGAAAUAUCAGUCCCCGGAAUGUGGAAAAUCCUUCAGAAGAAAUAGAGAUCUUGAAAACCAUCUAAGAAUCCACACAGGAGAGAAACCAUUUAAAUGCCUGGAGUGUGGAAAGAGCUUCAAUCGGAGGGGACACCUUUAUAGACAUCAAAGGAUCCACACAGGAGAAAAACUGCAUAAAUGCCUGGAGUGUGGAAAGAGAUUCAGUCAGAGGAGCAGCCUUUAUACCCAUCAAAGGAUCCACUCAGGAGAGAAACCAUUUAAAUGCCUGGAAUGUGGAAAGAGCUUCAAUCGGAGGGAAAACCUUUAUAUACAUCAAAGGAUCCACUCAGGAGAGAAACCAUUUAAAUGCCUGGAAUGUGGAAAGAGCUUCAGUCUGAGGGGAAACCUUUAUAAACAUCAAAGGAUCCACACAGAUGAGAAACUACAUAAAUGCCCUGAGUGUGGAAAGAGCUUCAGUAAGAGGGAACACCUUUAUGCACAUCAAAGGAUCCAUACAGGACAAAAACCAUAAGAAUGCUUGGAGUGUGGAAAGAGCUUCAAAAAACCGUAGAAACGCCUUGACCUUUAUCAACAUCAAAGGAUCCACACAGGAGAAAAGCCAUAUAAAUGCCUGGAGUGUGGAAAGAGCUUCAGUCGGAGCAGCAGCCUUUAUCAACAUCAAAGGAUCCACUCAAGAGAAAAACCACAUAAAUGCCUGGAGUGUGGAAAGAGCUUCACUCAGAGCGAAAGCCUUUAUAAACAUCAAAGGAUCCACUCAGGAGAAAAACCGUAUAAAUGCCUGGAGUGUGGAAACAGCUUCAAUCACAGGGGACACCUUCACACACAUCAAAGGAUCCACUCAGGAAAAAAACCGUAUAAAUGCCUGGAGUGUGGAAAGAGCUUCACUCAUAGCAGCAGCCUUUAUAAACAUCAAACGAUCCACUCAGGAGAAAAACCACAUAAAUGCCUAGAGUGUGGAAAGAGCUUCAGUCAGAGGGGACACCUUUAUAGACAUCAAAGGAUCCACUCAGGAGAAAAACUGUAUAAAUGCCUAGAGUGUGGAAAGAGCUUCAGUCAGAGGGGACACCUUUAUAGACAUCAAAGGAACCACUCAGGAGAAAAACCACAUAAAUGCCUGGAGUGUGGAAAGAGCUUCACUCAGAGCAGUAGCCUUUACCGACAUCAAAAGAUCCAUUUAGGAAAGAGAGAGCAUAAAUGCCUGGAGUGUGGAAAGAGCUUCACUUUGAGCAGCACCCUUUAUAUACAUCAAAGGAUCCAUUCAGGAGAGAAACCAUUUAAAUGCCUGGAAUGUGGAAAGAGCUUUACUGUGAGUGGACAGCUCCGCAGACAUCAAAGGAUCCAUACUGGAGAAAAACCACAUAAAUGCCUGCAUUGUGGAAAGAGCUUCACUCAGAGCAGUAGCCUUUACCUACAUCAAAAGAUCCAUUUAGGAAAGAGGCAUAAAUGCCUGGAGUGUGGAAAGAGCUUCACUUUGAGCAGCAGCCUUUAUAUACAUCAAAGGAUCCACUCAGGAGAGAAACCAUUUAAAUGUCUGGAAUGUGGAAAGAGGUUCAGUCUGAGGGGAAACAUUUAUAUACAUCAAAGGAUCCACUCAGGAGAGAAACCAUUUAAAUGUCUGGAAUGUGGAAAGAGCUUCAGUCUGAGGGGAAACCUUUAUAAACAUCAAAGGAUCCACACAGGAGAGAAACUACAUAAAUGCCCUGAGUGUGGAAAGAGCUUCAGUAAGAGGGAACGCCUUUAUGCACAUCAAAGGAUCCACACAGGACAAAAACCAUAAGAAUGCCUGAAAUGUGGAAAGUGCUUCAGUCGAAAGGGACACCUUUAUACCCAUCAAAGGAUCCACACUGGAGAAAAACCACAGAAAUGUCUGGAGUGUGGAAAGAGUUUCUGUGAGAAGGGAAGGCUUUCUAAGCGUCAAAGAAUCCAUUCAGGAGAAAAACCAUAUAAAUGCCUUGAGUGUGGAAAGAGCUUUUCCGACGGUGUACACCUCAGGGCUGAGGGAGGAGAGAAAUAUCAGUGCCCGGAAUGUGGAAAAUCCUUCAGAAGAAAUAGAGAUCUUAAAAACCAUCUAAGGAUCCACACAGGAGAGAAACCAUUUCAAUGCCUGGAGUGUGGAAAGAGCUUCAGUCAGAGCGGAAGCCUUUAUCAACAUCAAAGGAUCCACACGGGAGAAAAACCAUAUAAAUGUCUGGAUUGUGGAAAGAGCUUCAGUCACAGAGGAAGCCUUUAUCAACAUCAAAGGAGCCACUCAGGAGAAAAACCAUAUAAAUGCCCGGAGUGUGGAAAGAGCUUCAGUCAGAGGGGACACCUUUAUACCCAUCAAAAGAGCCACUCAGGAGAGAAACUGCAUAAAUGCCCUGAGUGUGGAAAGAGCUUCAGUCUGAGGGGAAACCUUUAUACACAUCAAAGGAUCCACUCAGGAGAGAAACCACAUAAAUGUCUGGAGUGUGGAAAGAGCUUCAGUCAGAGGGGAAACCUUUAUACACAUCAAAGGAUCCACUCAGGAGAGAAACCACAUAAAUGUCUGGAGUGUGGAAAGAGCUUCAGUCAGAGGGGACACCUUCAUAGACAUCAGAGGAUCCACUCAGGAGAGAAACAGCAUAAACGUCUGAGGUGUGGAAAGAACUUCAGUGAGAGGAGAACAGAAGGAAGACUCGGGUAUCCCCAAAGAAUGCAAAAGGGAGAAAAGAAAUAUCAAUGCACAGAAUGUGAAAAAUCUUUCAAAACAAAUACAGCUCUUGUAAACCAUCUAAGAAUCCACACAGGAGAAAAACCAUUUAAAUGCCUGGAGUGUGGAAAGAACUUCAGUCAGAGGGGACACCUUUAUACCCAUCAAAGGAUCCACUCAGGAGAAAAACCGCAUGAAUGCCUGAACUGUGGAAAGAGCUUCAGUCACAAAGGAAACCUGUAUAAACAUCAAACAAUUCAUACUGGAGAAAAACCAUAUGAAUGCCUGGAGUGUGGAAAGAGCUUCACUCAGAGCAGCAACCUUUAUAUACAUCAAAAGAUCCAUUCAGGAGAGAAAGAGCAUAAAUGCCUGGAGUGUGGAAAGAGCUUCACUCAGAGGAGCAGCCUUUACCUACAUCAAAAGAUCCAUUCAGGAGAGAAAGAGCAUAAAUGCCUGGAGUGUGGAAAGAGCUUCACUCAGAGGAGCAGCCUUUAUGUACAUCAAAGGAUCCACUCAGGAGAGAAACAUCAUAAAUGCCUGGAGUGUAAAAAGAGUUUCAGACAUAGCAGCAGCCUUUAUGUACAUCAAAGGAUCCACUCAGGAGAGAAACCAUUUAAAUGCCUGGUAUGUGGAAAAUGCUUCAGUCGGACGGUACACCUUUAUACCCAUCAAAGAAUCCACUCAGGAAUAAAACCAUAUAAAUGCCUGGAGUGUGGAAAGAGGUUCACUCAGAGCAGCAGCCUUUAUGUACAUCAAAGGAUCCACUCAGGAGAGAAACAGCAUAAAUGUCUGGAAUGUGGAAAGUGCUUCACUCAGAGGGGCAACCUUUAUACCCAUCAAAGGAUCCACACAGGAGAAAAACCAUAAGAAUGCUUGGAUUGUGGAAAGAGCUUUACUGUGAGUGGACAGUUCCGCAAACAUCAAAGGAUCCACAGUGGAGAAAAACCACAGAAAUGUCUGGAGUGUGGAAAGAGCUUUUCCGAUGUUGUACACCUUCAUUAAUAUCAAAGGAUCCACUCAGGAGAGAAACCAUUUAAAUGCCUGGAAUGUGGAAAGAGCUUCAGUCUGAGGGGAAACCUUUAUAUACAUCAAAGGAUCCACACAGGAGAGAAACCAUUUAAAUGCCUGGAAUGUGGAAAGUGCUUCCCUUGGAGAAGCAGCCUUUAUAAACAUCAAAGGAUCCACUCAGGAGAGAAACCAUUUAAAUGUCUGGAAUGUGGAAAGUGCUUCACUUGGAGAAGCAGCCUUUAUAUACAUCAAAGGAUCCACACAGGAGAGAAACUACAUAAAUGCCCUGAGUGUGGAAAGAGUUUCAGUAAGAGGAAACACCUUUAUGCACAUCAAAGGAUCCACACAGGACAAAAACCAUAAGAAUGCCUGAAAUGUGGAAAGAGCUUUACCAACGCCAGCCAUCUUAAAAAGCAUCUAAGAAUCCACACUGGAGAGAAACCUUAUACAUGCCUGGAGUGUGGAAAGAGCUUCAGUCAGAGGGGAAACCUUUAUACACAUGAAAAGAUCCAUUCAGGAGAAAAACCAUACAAAUGCCUAGAAUGUGGAAAGAGCUUUACUGUGAGUGGAGCUCUACGUCAACAUCAAAGAAUCCACACUGGAGAAAAACCACAUAAGUGCCUGGAGUGUGGAAAGAGCUUCAGUCUGACAGGACACCUUUAUAGGCAUCAAAGGAUCCACACUGGAGAGAAACCUUAUAAAUGUUUGGAAUGUGGAAAGAGCUUCAGUCUGACAGGACACCUUUAUAGGCAUCAAAGGAUUCAUAUUGGAGAGAAACCAUACAAAUGUCUGGAGUGUGGAAAGGCCUUCAGUCGGAGGGAAACUUUUUAUAAACAUCAAAGAAUCCACACAGGAGAGAAACCCUAUAAAUGCAUGGAAUGUGGAAAGAGCUUCAGUGGGAGGGUAAACCUUUAUACACAUCAAAGGAUCCACACUGGAGAAAAACCGCAUAAAUGCCUGGAGUGUGGAAAGAGCUUCAGUCUGAGGGGAAACCUUUAUACACAUCAAAGGAUCCACUCAGGAGAGAAACCGCAUAAAUGCCUGGAGUGUGGAAAGAGCUUCAUUCACAGGGGACACCUUCAUACACAUCAAAGGAUCCACUCAGGAGAGAAACCGCAUAAGUGCCUGGAGUGUGGAAAGAGCUUCAGUCAGAGGGGACACCUUUAUACACAUCAAAGGAUCCACUCAGGAGAGAAACCGCAUAAAUGCCUGGAGUGUGGAAAGAGUUUCACUCAGAGGGGAGACCUUUAUAGACAUCAAAGGAUCCACUCAGGAGAAAAACCAUAUAAAUGCCUGGAGUGUGGAAAGAGCUUCAGUGGGAGGGGAAGUCUUUCUAAGCAUGAAAGGAUUCACACAGGAGAGAAACCACAUAAAUGUCUGGAGUGUGGAAAGAGCUUCAAUGAGAGGGGAAACCUUUACAUACAUCAAAGAAUCCAUUCAGGAGAGAAACCGUAUGAAUGCCUGGAGUGUGGAAAGAGCUUCAGUCAGAGGAAAGACCUUUAUAUACAUGAAAGAAUUCACCCUGGAAAAAAACCAUAUAAAUGCCUGGAGUGUGGAAAGAACUUCAGUCAGAGGGGAAACCUUUAUACACAUCAAAGGAUCCACUCAGGAGAGAAACCACAUAAAUGCUUAGAGUGUGGAAAGAGCUUCAGUCUGAGGGGAAACCUUCAUAGACAUCAAAGAAUCCACACAAAAAUGAACUCUCGUACCUGGGGGACUAUCUGUAAAUGCCUCCAGUGUGGAAAGAGCUUUACUGAAAGUCAAGGUCUCCGUAAACAUCAAAGCAUUCACAGAGGAGAAAAAGCAUAUAAAUCUGAGUGUGGAAGUAGCUGUAGCAACCUUUAUACACAUCAAAGGAUCCACACAGGAGAGAAACCAUUUAAAUGCCUGGAAUGUGGAAAGAGCUUGAGUGAGAGGGGAAACCUUUAUACACAUCAAAGGAGCCACUCAGGAGAGAAACCAUAUAAAUGCCUGGAGCGUGGAAAGGGUUUCUGUGGGAAGAGAAGGUUUGGUGCUUCAGCUGCUGAAGCUGGAAUGAGUUCCUGGGAACAGUUCAGAGCUGACAUUAAAUAUCAGUGCCCGGAAUGUGGAAAAUCCUUCAAAACAAAUACAGUUCUUGUAAACCAUCUAAGAAUCCACACAGGAGAGAAACCAUUUAAAUGCCUGGAAUGUGGAAAGAGCUUCAAUCACAGGAGCAACCUUUAUACACAUCAAAGGAUCCACACAGGAGAGAAACCAUUUAAAUGCCUGGAAUGUGGAAAGAGCUUGAGUGAGAGGGGAAACCUUUAUACACAUCAAAGGAGCCACUCAGGAGAGAAACCGCAUAAAUGCCUGGAGUGUGGAAAGAGCUUCAAUCGGAGGGAACACCUUUAUAGACAUCAAAGGAUCCACUCAGGAGAGAAACCAUUUAAAUGUCUGGAGUGUGGAAAGAGCUUCAGUGAGAGGGGAAGCCUUUAUAAACAUCAAAGGAUUCACACAGGAGAGAAACCAUUUAAAUGCCUGGAUUGUGGAAAGUGCUUCAAUCGGAGGGGAUACCUUUAUACACAUCAAAAGAUCCACUCAGGGGAGAAACCGCAUAAAUGUCUGGAGUGUGGAAAGAGCUUCAGUGAGAGGGGAAGCCUUUAUAGACAUCAAAGGAUCCACUCAGGGGAGAAACCGCAUAAAUGUCUGGAGUGUGGAAAGAGCUUCAGUCGGAGGGGACACCUUUAUAGACAUCAAAGAAUCCACUCAGGAGAAAAACUGCAUAAAUUUCUGGAGUGUGGAAAGAGCUUCAGUGAAAUGGGAAGCCUUUAUAAACAUCAAAGAAUCCACUUAGGAGAAAAACUGCAUAAAUGUCUGGAGUGUGGAAAGAGCUUCAGUGUGAGGAGAAACCUUUAUAGACAUCAAAGAAUCCACACAGGAGAGAAACCAUAUAAAUGCCUGGAGCGUGGAAAGGGUUUCUGUGGGAAGAGAA